AGCGUUUCCGGUACUAAGUUCCGUAUGACCCUCGGUCUCCCUGUCGGUGCUGUCAUGAACUGUGCUGAUAACUCUGGUGCUAAGAACUUGUAUGUCAUUGCCGUCCGUAACAUCAAGGGUCACUUGAACAGACUCCCCGCUGCUGGUUGUGGUGACAUGGUUGUUGCCACUGUUAAGAAGGGUAAGCCCGAAUUGAGAAAGAAGGUCAUGGCUGCUGUUGUUGUUCGUCAACGUAAGGCCUGGCGCCGUAGAGAUGGUGUUUUCCUUUACUUUGAGGAUAACGCUGGUGUCAUUGUUAACCCCAAGGGUGAAAUGAAGGGUUCUGCCAUUACUGGUCCUGUUGCUAAAGAAUGUGCUGAUUUGUGGCCUCGUAUUGCCUCUGCUUCUGGUACCGUCGUCUAAGC